AUGUGUGAAAAGCUUCCUCCAAGUAAUAAUUUAAAGAAAUACUAUGUUUUUCGUAGUGGAAAAAAACUUUAUUCAUGCAGUUUGUGUGAUAAAACAUUCUUAUUAGAACGUCAUUUAAAUGCACAUUAUACUGUUCAUACUGGAAAGAAGCCAUAUUCAUGCAAUAAGUGUGACAGAACAUUCUCUUUGGAACAUGAUUUAAAUGCUCAUUCUAUCAUACAUACUGGAGCAAAGCCAUAUUCAUGCAAUGUGUGCAAUAAAAAUUUCUCUCUGAAACGUAGUUUAACUGCACACAGUGUAGUUCAUAGGGAUGUAAAACUUCAUUCAUGCAGUGAAUGUAAUAAAACCUUUAAAAAGAAAAAAGAUUUAAAUGAACACUUCCUUUUUCAUAGUGGUAAAAAACAGCUUUCAUGCAGUGUAUGUGAUAAAACAUUCGCACGGAAAUCAUAUCUAAAUAUACACACUCUUUCCCACAGUAAAGGUAAACCAUAUGCGUGCAGUGUAUGUGAUAAAACAUUCUUUUCAAAACACUACUUAAAGCAACAUUAUAUUGUUCACACUGGAGUUAAGCCGCACUCAUGUUGUAUAUGUGGUAAAGCAUUCACAUGGAAAUCUGAUUUAAAUAGGCAUUAUCUUGUUCAUACUGGAGAAAAACCUUAUUCAUGCAGUGUGUGUAAUAAAACUUAUUCACUGAAAUCUAGUUUAAAUGUACACUCUCGUAUUCAUGGUGAAGAGAAACUUUAUUCAUGCAGUGUGUGUAAUAAAACUUUUUCACUGAAAUCUAGUUUAAAUAUACACUCUCGUAUUCACAGUGAAGAGAAACCUUAUUCAUGCAGCACAUAUAAAUUGGUGAAAAAUUGCUAUGCUGUUGCUCAACCGCCUUAUGUUGCAACUGGUAAAUUAAAUGUUACCUUGAACAUAAUAUUCGAAUUAAAAUUAAAUAAUGAUUGA